GGGCGGCGGCCCGGCGGCGCGGGCGGCUGCAGGCGGGCGGCGGGCAGCGGCGCGGCGCCUGACCGCAGGGCUCCGCUCCGCUCCCGAGGAUGCUGGGGGGGCGAUGCCCGGCGACAGGGAGGACGAGAUUUGCCAGAAAGCGCUGCAGCUGCUGGCCGACCUGUGCUCCGUCGGGGCGGUGGAGAACGAGAACUGCCGGGAUUUCAUCUACUACCUGCGGGACAGAGCCCGGCCCCGCCUCACCGACUCAGAUAUCUCAAUAAGCUUGCUCUCCUUAGUUGUCACAGCCUGUGGUCUUGCUCUGUUUGGUGUCUCUCUGUUCGUAUCCUGGAAGCUUUGUUGGAUCCCUUGGCGAGAGCGUGGUCUGCCAUUUGGGAACAAAGACAACAAACAAGAAUCACUGAACUACACAGAUACGGAGACCAAUGACCAUGACUACAGUGAGGAUUAUCUGGGUCAGCCUACAGCCUAUCCGGAGUCCUCCAUGAAGAUCAGCCACACCUCCCCUGAUAUUCCGUUAGAUGCUCAGGCGGGAACGAAGGAGAACUGCGUACACAAUGUGCGAAUGCAUCGUCAGAUCACUGAACCAACCUCUUCUGCUCGGCAUAAUUCAAUCCGAAGACAGCUCAACCUCUCCAACCCCGACUUCAACAUCCAGCAGGUUCAGAAACAGGAGCAACUGACGGGGAUUGGCCGCAUUAAGCCAGAGCUAUAUAAACAAAGAUCAGUGGACACAGACGAUAGCCGGAGGAGUAAUAGCAAGGCAUGUGGAAGACUGAACUUUAUUCUGAAAUAUGAUUGUGAUUUAGAGCAGCUGAUAGUGAAGAUACACAAGGCCAUCAACCUGCCAGCAAAGGACUUCUCUGGAACUUCAGACCCAUAUGUGAAGAUAUAUCUGCUUCCUGACAGGAAAACAAAACACCAGACUAAAGUGCACAGAAAGACCCUAAAUCCAGUAUUUGAUGAAGUUUUUUUAUUUACUGUCCCAUACAAUGAUCUGAACACAAGGAAACUCCAUUUCUCUGUGUAUGACUUUGACAGAUUCUCCAGGCAUGACUUGAUUGGCCAAGUGAUAGUGGAUAAUUUUUUAGAUUUGGCAGAUUUUCCCAGGGAAUGUAAUAUUUGGAAGGAUAUUGAAUAUGUCACCAAUGAUAACGUGGAUCUUGGUGACCUGAUGUUUUCACUCUGCUACCUUCCAACAGCUGGUAGACUAACUAUUACAAUAAUAAAGGCAAGAAAUUUAAAGGCAAUGGAUAUCACAGGAGCAUCAGAUCCCUACGUGAAGGUUUCUUUAAUGUGUGAAGGAAGGCGACUAAAGAAAAGAAAAACUUCCACCAAGAGGAAUACCCUUAAUCCCGUUUACAAUGAAGCCAUAGUCUUUGACGUCCCUCCAGAAAACAUUGACCAAAUUAACUUGUCGAUAGCUGUUAUGGAUUAUGACCGUGUAGGUCACAAUGAGGUCAUUGGAGUAUGUCAAGUAGGCAACGAUGCAGAAAGUCUAGGUCGUGACCACUGGAACGAAAUGCUCUCAUACCCUCGGAAACCCAUUGCUCACUGGCACCCUCUUGCAGAGGGCCCUAUUCAGCAGAAAUGUUAUGCAGGUCUUCUGCGCUUGGAUGGCUGCCGAAGAGGCUUCCUCACCCUUUUAACCUAUUCAGCAGAAAUUUGGCAUUCCUGUUGAACUCUUUCUUAGCCAUAUCCUCAGGGGCUAUUCCACAGAGUCCAGUGGGGAAUCAAGUGGGGGAGGGUGUCCAGCGCAUCCAGGCUGUGCAGAGAAAUAUAUACACAGCAUAUCAUUUUGGUUCCUGAAUCAGGAUUAGACUCAGCGAGAGCUUCUGGAACCUCUGUGGCCACAGCCAUAGGAACCUGAAUAUUUGCUGAAUAGGACCCUCAGUCUUCUACUAUGUGAAGAGCUAUUGGUUUCAAGUAGUGUAAUGUUAUCCACUUGUAGCAUUAAUUCUCCAGCUGACACUCUUGCUACUGAUAGAUUAUUUGUAUGGUCGCAAGCAUUACCCAAAUUCAAGUCAUAAUUUCUGUUCAUUAGAAAAACCCAGGUUUUACAAGCAACAUGAUAGCAAUGAAAACCAACAAAUAUGGGAAGCAACAACAAAUAUGGUUCUUGUAUUUGUAAAAAAGGUGCAGUAUUGUGAAUCAAUAGCUAAGUCUUUUUUUUUCAAGAAUUAUUGUCAUCAGAUGUUUAUUUUUUGAUGACAAGUUGCAUCCUCCAUCUCAGUUGGUGCCUCCUUUCACCUUACAUGAAAACAAAUUGAUAUGGUUCUUUGCAGAAAUCCUUCAAAUCUGAAAAACUGAAAAAAAGUUCUGUUGGGUGAGAACAAGAUACAUAUGGUAUUUAUAAUGACAGUAUGUUCUUUUAGAAAGAAGAUAACCAUCUGUAUAACAUGGAGGCUGUUAGUCCUCAACCUUUGUAGAUGAUUUUCCAGUCAAUGUUUCUUAGUUGUGUCCAUGCUGUUGCAAAAAGUUGGAAGCAUAUCACAGGUGGCUAUGCUCUAUCAUACUAACAAGCACACACAUGUGCGUGCAUGUGCACAUACACACACAAUGUCAUUUUAAAAUGCUGUUCCAAAUAUAUAGUGCCUGUGAAGACUUUCUUUAUUAUUUGUAGUAGAAUUAACAGGGCUAUUUUACAUGAUGGUAUAUUGUAAAUGCUGUCAAAUUCUGACCAUUAAAAAAAAAAAAAAAUCAAAACACUGAACUCUUUCACAUUAUAUCUAUGUCCCCCAAAAAAGGCCCCCUGGGAUAAAUUUUUGCCACUUACUUAGCCAUGCAUGGAGUUCUCUCUUCCUUCAAACUUUCCUAGAGAUAAUUUGAUUCAAGCUUUUACAUGGGGAUUUUUAUUCAAAAAAUGCAAAUUCGAAGUAUGGGUAUUUUAUACAAUCUAGUUGCCUGCUACGUACUUACAGAUAGGGAGCCCUGGUCUUUAUAUAUACGUCAGAUAAGUUUGUGUGCACACACAUUGCUUCAUGUCUUGUCCAUGUUGAAUGCUCACCAAGCAUUUUGGAUUUGCAAUUUUGCUGACACAAAUAUUGAAGAAAAUAUUUGAAAUUUUGAUCCAAAAUCUGCAAAAUUAGUUUUAUAACCUAUCAAUUGAGGAUAUUCCAGAAAAUCAGAAUUGUUAGUGGGUAAAGCACAGCUUGGGACUUGCAGGAAAUCUUGGAUCUGUUGUAAAUGUGUGCUGCAGCUAUAAAGCAGAAGUCCUGUAAGUACAGUGGUUUUCAAAAAUCUCAUGCCAUGCUAUGGAGAAUACAGCUACCACUUACAAGGAUACACUUGGCAAACUAAACAACUCUUCAAAACUUGCCCAAGCAAAAUUUCAGAUGGGUAACUGGGCAUUUCCAGAAGAAAAAUACAGAUAUAAGGUUGCCCUGGCAAAACUAUUUCACUACACUUUCAACUGAAGUUUUAUAUCAGCAGGCCAGUGAUAGGUACAACGUUCGUACCUGUUCAUGCAUGAUCCUCACUUCAAGCAAAAUCCUGCACUCUUUAGCCAGGCUUAUCUCCCAUGAGUCACAUGGGGAGAUGGGCAUAAGCAAAGAAGGAGGACCUCUUCCUUUGGAAUAGAGUUCUUGGGUUUCCUGGACAAAUCAUUAUACAUGCAUCCCUGCCUGGAAUGCAGAGCAGGCAGCUGCAUGCUUUCCCACUGCGAUAAUAGCAACAGUAACUUCUGUAAACAGGAAAACACCUAUGCAGAAGGCUCAUUUUGUGUCCAUGAAAGAGCGCAGAAGCCUUUCUAAGAUUUGUCUCUAGCAACUCAAAGGGGCAUCAACUGAAAAGUAGUAUCAUUAUAAUUGCCAGUGGUUUUUUUAUUUUAUUACCAUACUCAGUUUAUUUAUUGCUCAAGGGUCUGGCAUCAAGAGAAUGAUUUUGAACACAGCUCUAUUAAAAAAAAAAAAAAAAGAGAAAAUAAAAGAAAACUCUGUUCAGUGAGCAUUUAAAGUGGAAUCCAGCACACCUCAAAGGCUUAGGGAUGAGGAAGAAAAGCUAAUUUUUAAUUAAAUUCUCCUAAUUCUUGCUGAUUCAUGACUUGCAAAUGGUUAUUCAGGCUGUGGCAUUACUAUAUGACUUUUACAAAUACCUGCCUUAUCAUUGCAGAGCAUAUAUGGAAUGAUAGCUAUUUUCUGUAUUUGGAUGCUUCACUCAUCACCUUUAUAUUUCACUUAACCAAUGCUAUUCCCUAGACCUGAAAUAUUUUCAUGUUAUGGUUCUGGUGGGCCAGUAGACUGCUGCUCUCUUUGGACUGUAGUACAAUAAUAGAACAGCACACUGGAAGGAACAGAGGAUAUACUGCUACAAAAUCACCUGAGGACCCAGGGAAAAAUAUGAUCCCAAUACUGUUCAGCCUUUCUUUUCUGAAAUAUGAUUCUCAGAGGUAAAUUAGUAGAAGGCUUACAGGAAUAAUUUCAAAGCUGCAACCCUCAUUUGUUUUCUUAUUUCCUGAGAAUACAUAAUUACGCUGUAUGACAAGUAUCAUAAUUCUAAAAUAGAAAAGGAAAUCCCUUAGAAAUGCAUCUCAGCAAGAUUUUAAUCCCACUUCACUCAUUAACAAUGUGCUAUUAAACUGUUACUUUUAGUAUUCCGUAACAAGCCACCAUUUCAGAUGUUGUUUUAUGAAAAAGAAGUGUGUCAAUGGGAAAGCCUUCCAAGCUGCUGACACUGAGGCAGAGUAUAAUGGGCAGUUAUGUGAUAUUCCCAUGCCAAAAUACUCACAGCACAACCCUUCUGCAGUUGAGCACUCAAAUAUUUCUUUAUCUGUUUCCACUGAAAUCACAAGAUAUUAAAAGCAUUUCUGUUCUCUUUUGUUUCCUUUUUCCCUGUAAAUAAUCCUGGCAGUGGACAAACACACAUGCAUCUCAAUGUGGGGAAGCAGGCACUGUCAGAACAGAAAGCAAACAUGUGGCAUAAAAGCCCCAGUGCUCAAACUGUUCCUACCAGUCAAUGCGCACUUCAGCUUUCUAUGCCAGCAGAUCCAUAAAACAUCAAAGCAGUACAUAUGAGAAACUUGUUAUAUAGAGGUCCAAUUUAACUACCAGUAGGGAAACUGCUGGUUCAAUUCAAAGUGAGACAACAGGAAAGGGCAAUGCAAAAGAGUAAAAAAUAAGAGGUUAUUUUAGUUUACCCUUCUUGGCUUCAGGGGAUAGCUGUUGUUGGGGGGGGUGGGGUGGUGGUGUUUGUUGGUUUUGCUCUUUGUUUUUUUGAUUUGGUUUGGUUUCAUUUCUGUGUUUUUAAAGACCAAACAUGGCAUGUGGCUAUAUUAACAUGAGCACGCAAAGUCAGAGGUACAAGAGACAUAUUUACAUGUUUAUCACUUGGCAACAUUCAAGCACUGAGGGGACCUAUUUGCCAUUGAAAAAAAAUAGCUGCAAAUUCUCUUUUAGUUUAAAAGUAACAAACAAGGGAGAAAAAAACAAAGGAAGGGAGAAAGAGGACUGGAAAUGCAGCUGAAAAGUCUGUUUGACCCAGUUAGAAAUCUAUCUGAAAUUACUUUACUGUUAAUGCAUUUUGUUUGAACAGAAAGAAGUGAAAAAACAGACUAGGGGACUCAAUCUGAAGUGUCUUCAAUUAUAUGCUUUCUUCCCUUUAGAACAGUGCAUUGUCAAAUGAUUACAUCUCAGUAUCAAGUGAGAAAACAAUGGCUUUCUUAUCUAGAAAGAAAAAAGCAUGUAAAGAAAGUAAUCCACAAUAAUGUAGAAUUUAAUAGAAGCCCUCUGUGCUGAAAAAAAUGGCAGCAGGACAGACUUUGUAACAGCAUCACCUUGAAUCUUGCUAUAAUUAGUGCAAGGCCUUGCUUGCAACCAUAAUUCUGUUCUGAAGUGACAGCCUUAGAAUAUGUGAACCAAGCUAUGCAAGGUGUGAAUUAUCUUGUAAGGGCACUGCACAUUCAAGGCUGAGUAGUUUCAAGAGCUGCGUUUACAGUUAAUUUCUGGUACAGUGGGUUGGGCAAGGAACUACAGCUGGAAAUUCUCCAGGGUCCUGCAGUUCUCUGAAAGGACCUCCAUCUCCUUGAAGGUCCGUAAAGAGCACUAAUCCAGACGGCAGUGAUGGGCACUAUUCAGAAAAGGUAUCAUCAGGACAUACCUCAACUGCUGCCCGACCAGAGCACACAUGGCACAGAGGGGAAGAUGACAUGAGGAUGUGUAAGCAUCUGAGCUGCUUGUUUGUUUGUUUGUUUGUUUUGUCUGGGUUUUUUAGUUCCUCCUUCUUUUGCUCAAAUGUAGACAUUGUAAAACUGGAAUGUUUUAUUCAGUUGCAUGCUGGCCAGCUGUCAUUUUUAAUACCCAUUGCAAAGGUGCGUGAAGAGAGGUGUGUUGUUUUGGUAUACUUUUGUUUCUAAUAACACAUGAACAUUGUACUAUACUUUAUUAUUUCUUGUUCAAUAAAUAGUCCUGGUAUCUCUAUGUUUCAUGUCUAAUUUUGGAGAGUAGAGCCAUACCUGUAUCAAGGCUCUCUCAAUUAGGUGGGCAUUUUGUUUGUUUAGUAGAAAUAAUGCAUGAUUCCUUUUGCAGUGAUGGUUUGAGGGACAAAAAAUUUCUUAAUUUUAUAAUACGUAUUACAAUCUUCUAAACACAAGUAAAAAUGUACUGUGAUUUAUUUAUAUAAAUCUAGUCUGAACAAAUAAGUUUUGAUCUUAAUAAAAACUCUGUAAGAAACUG